AUGAAUACAACAGCUCUGCCGAUUUCUCUAUUAAAAGAUUCUAAUACUUCAAUCAUAAUUAAUCAAUCAUGGUUUAUUCCUCUCGAUAUUUUGUUACUUGUAUGUCUUUUCCUAGCCAUUCUGAUGUCUUUAUUAUUUUUCUUUAUUGUUUUAACCGAUAAAACAUGUCAUACAGUUCCUAUUAUGCUUGUUACUAAUUCAUGUUUUGCUAAUUUUUCAUUAACAAUUUUUUUGUUUUGGAUGACAAUUAUUACUCUUUAUAAUGAUCUUCAACAAAUUUAUUAUCAAGAUUCAUUUUGUAUUUUUCGAGGUUAUAUGACUCAUGUUGCUUUUUUUUGGUUAUUUUAUUCUUAUUUUUUACAAGCAAUUUAUAGUUAUAUAACAGUUAUUUAUCCAACUCGUUUAUUUUGGCAAUCAAGGAAAUUUCAAUUUUUUCUCAUUAUAUUAAUAUGGAUAGUUGGUUUUAUUUGUGCAUGUCCAGGUAUAGCUACUGGUGCAAUAAAAUAUCUUGUUGAUGAUCAAUUAUGUGAAAUACCAUUUCAUUUUUCGAUCGUAACAGUUUAUAAUAUAAUUUAUAUUUAUUUAAUACCUGUCAAUGGUAUAAUAUUUAUUUAUUACAAAUUAAUUCUAUAUGUUAGAGAAAUGAAUAAGCGUGUUACAUCAGCAAAUACAUUAUUACGUGCACAAAGAGAAUUAAAAAUGGUUUUUCGAAUUGUUAUACUUAUAUCAAUUUUAUUAACACUUAGUGUACCUUAUACAAUAUUUGUUUUUAUGGGAUUUUUCACUUCACCACUAAAAUAUGAUUUUCGUAUUGCUUUGACAUUUGUUGAGUCAUCAUUAUUAUUUUUCAUGAUUGUUGUAUUCAAAUUUACUGAUCCAGUUCGAGCAUCAAUUAUGAAAAAACUACAUCAACGAUUAAAUGUAGUCGCACCAAUAAUGACAUGA